AGCACCUGGCAGAGGCUUCUCUAGCUCUCUGUGGAGACUGCACCAGGCACCCCGAGGUCCGAGGACCCAAAUCCCACCCACUCUGCAGCACCCGCCCCAGUGCACAGGAUGCCCCACAAGAUCGGAUUCGUCGUCGUCAGCUCGUCUGGGCACGAAGACGGCUUCAGCGCCCGGGAACUAAUGAUCCACGCACCGACUGUCAGCGGGUGGAGGUCACCAAGGUUCUGCCGGUUCCCACAGGAGAUCGUCCUCCAGACGGCGGAGCGCUGCCGCAUGAAGAAGCUGCAGCUGCUGGCUCACCAGUACAUGAUCCCCAGCAAGGUCGAGUUCUACGUCAGCGAGCGGCUGCCCGAGCCCUUCGCGCCGCCGCAGGCGGAGCGGUUCCGCAGGCUCGGCUACGUCUCCCUCUGCGACAACGAGAAGACGGGCUGCAGGGCCCGGGAGCUGAAGUCGGUCUACGUGGACGCGGUGGGGCAGUUCCUGAAGCUGAUUUUCCACCAAAACCACGCCAACAAGUACAACAUCUAUAAUCAGGUCGCCCUGGUUGCGAUCAACAUCAUCGGAGACCCUGCGGACUUGGGUGAUGAGAGCAACAUUGCCUCCAGAGAGAAGCUGAUCGAUCACUACCUGGGGCACAGCCUAGAGGACCCGGCUCUGGAAGGAAGCUGCAGUGGGAAGUCCGACUACAUCUCCCCACUGGAUGACCUGGCCUUCGACAUGUACCAGGACCCGGAAGUCGCGCAGAUCAUACGCAAGCUGGACGAGCGGAAACGCGAGGCGGCCCGGCAGGAGCGCUACGACGACGCCAAGAAGCUGAGACAAGCGCUUGCUGACCUGCAGAAGGUCGGCGAGCGGCUGGGGCGCUACGAGGUGGAGAAGCGCUGCGCCGUGGAGAAGGAGGACUACGACCUGGCCAAGCACAAGAAGCGGCAGAUGGAGCAGUACCGCGCCUGGGCCUUCGAGCAGCUGCACAGCCUCGUGGACCGCGAGCUGGUGGGAAGGCCUCUCGAUUUACCGCUCCAGCCCCUCGCUCCCUCAGGCAGCGCUUGCCACCGGCCGCCAGCGCUGCCACCACCGCAAGGAGGGACCGUGACAGAAAACCGGUUUGCAGACCAGUUCGUUCCGGAAAAGCCCCCAUCGCAUCCCCUGGACGUGGACCAGCCGCUGCCCCCCACGCACCCUCCUCUCAAGACCCAGCUCGAGUCCCUGCCCUAUGACGAGCGGCCCCUUCCUGCGGUCCACAAGCAGCCCAGGGCAGCGACUGUGGAGCCAGAAAAGAGCGACACGGACGUCAGUGAGGCGCCCAGGGGGGCAGCUGUGGGCGAGCCAGAGCCCCUGACAGAGAAGGCCCUCCGAGAAGCCGGCUCGGCCGUGGACGUGCUGGGAGAAAGCUUGGUGGCCGGGGCCUACUCAAAGUCGUGGUCAUGCCGGGAGGACGCGCUGCUCACCCUGCACCGGCAGCUGAUGGGCACGCCUGCCAGCACCCCCAGGGAAGACCUGAAGAGCGUGCUGAGGGCGGCUGUCUUUCUCCUGAGAAGGGCCAUCCGGGACAUCGUGACCCCGGUGUUCCUGGCGUCUUUGAAAGUGCUGAAGAUGAUAGUCACACAGUACAUCCCGAAACACAAGCUGAGCAAGCUCGAGACGGCUCACUGCGUGGAGAGAACCAUCCCCGUUCUGCUUGCGAGGACUGGAGACUCUUCUGCGCGUCUCCGGAUUGUAGCUUCCAGUUUCAUCCAGGAGAUGGCCCUGUGCAAGGAGGUGAAGUCUCUCCAGCUGAUUCCGUCUUACCUGGUUCAGCCACUGAAAGCCAACGCUUCGGCCCACCUGGCCAUGAGUCAGAUGGACCUCCUGGCCCGGCUGCUGGGGGAUCUGGGCACCGACGGCACGGGCUUCACCGUGGAUAACGUGAUGAAGUUCGCAGUGCAGGCCCUGGAGCACAGGGUGCACGAGGUCCGGGAGACCGCCGUCAGGGUGAUCCUGGACAUGUACCGGCGGCACGGGGCCGUCGUCCUGGCCUACCUCCCUCCGGACGACAGCGCCACGCGCAAGAACGUCCUCUACAAGUCCAUCUUCGAGGGAUUUGCCAAAAUAGACGGCAGACCGACAGCUGCUGAGGUCAGGGCACAGAAGAAAGCGGCUACAGAAGAAGCAGAAAGACGGAAAAAAGAAGAAAUUGAAGUUUUACAAGGGCAGCUGGCAGCGCUGAAAGAGAUGCAGGCUGAAGUCCAGGAACACGAAGGCGAGGCUGUGGAGGCAGAGGCCCCAGACACCCUUGGAAGGAGCGCAGCCCCACCCGGUGCCCCCGGAGUUCCGGAGAGUCCCGGCCUGGAGAACCUGUGCAUCUUCUGCGGGGAGCGGAGCGCGUCCUUCACGGAGGAGGGCCUGGACCUGCACUACUGGAAGCACUGCCUCAUGCUGGCCAGAUGCGGCCACUGCAGGCAGGUGGUGGAGAUCUGCAGCCUGACCGAGCACCUGCUGACAGAAUGCGACAAAAAGGAUGAGUUUGGGAAGUGUCGUCGCUGCGGCGAGGCUGUUUUAAAGGAAGAGCUGCCUGUGCACCUUGAAACAAGAGUCUGUGCCCCUGCCAAGCCAGAGAAGCUGGCCAGCCGGUGCCCGCUGUGCCACGAGGACUUCGCCCCAGGAGAGGAGGCGUGGAAGGCUCACCUGAUGGGCCCCGCGGGCUGCGCCAUGAACCUGCGCCGGACGCACGUGCUGCUGAAGGCCCCGGCUGCGCUGCGGGGUAAAGGCCCCGCCACGGCCAAGUCCGGCACCUCGGCACCGAAGGCUGGAAGCAAGAUUCCCACCCCAAAGGGGGGCCUGAGUAAAAGUUCUGGCAGGACCUACAUGAAGCGGUGACACGACGGACCUGUCCCCUUGGUCUGCGAGCGUGGACCGAGCCGGUGUCCUGAUCGUGAACAUGUCUCCCAGAAGCCAUCCUCAGCACGCAGCUCCGUGUGGGGCUGACCGAAGCACAGCCCCUGAGCUGGGACCUGCCCUCCCUCCUGCGGUUCCAGCCACGGGGUCUCUGACUUUCUCCAGCUCGGAGCCACAGUCCGAAACCGGGGCCCAGGAAGCUUACGGAACAGGUGCCGGGUCGGGUCCCUGUUGAGGGCGUCCCGUAAGCACAGCGCCCUGUAGGUGGCGCGGGCGAUUUCCUGCAGGCUGCACUGCGCCUCUGCCUGGCGGUCCGUCCCGAGUCCCCUGUGGCCCAGCCAGGGUCAGGCACAGGAGGUGACGGUGUGCUCGGCUGCCUGCACCUUCUCUGCCGGCGGCAGCUGCAGAGCCCGUGUUUGCCCGACACAGAAAUAAAGGUCAGAGAGCGGAAACCGUGGUUACCGAGAACUGGUCCCUGCAGCACUCGGUGUGGGCUCGCCUGUCCCGUCCCUGUCCAAGCCAUGCUGGAAUUGGAGCUAUAAGAUCACUUUUCUCAAACUCACCAUAUAAUUCUCAAAACCAAAACAUCACUUACAACGAUGAAACCAAACCUCAAGUCCAGUCUCCUACCCAGCUGGCCAACUGCCCACCCCACCGAAGCAGCUCAACUUGCCUCGCCUCGGGGGGCCAGAGGGAGGCCAUGCCUGGCGUCUUCCUAUCCAGGCCUAUGCUCCCCGGGUGCCCAGUCCACUGGAGCCUCCAGGAAGCUGGCGUCUGCUGUCUGCUUCCUCCUGAGCAUCACGGGGCAGGCUGUCAGGAUCCCGCUAGAAAUACGCAGGAUAGACGAAAUCUGUAGCACACAAUAGUGUAUAAAUAUUUCCCAUUCCUAGCCCUGCGCCCCGAGAAUGUGUGCAGCUAACAGCUGUUUGAGCGGGGUGCUCCCCGGCCACGUCGGCAACCGUGCAUUUGCACUAACCAGUCACCAUUUUUAGUAAAUUAAUACCUUCUCGUGUGGUUGACUAGAAACACAGCAAGCCUGACCAACAGAAUUACCUUAAAUAGAUACUAAAAGUAAACAAGUAUGGGAGAAAUAAUGUCAAACUUUACUAGGCUGAGCAGAGUACAGAUGCCUAGAUAAUCACAAAAUAAUCCUUUUUGGCUUCAAAAAGAUGUUGGCCAUUUUCUAAACCAUGUUGAAGAACAGACAAAACACUUUUUAAACAGAACAAUAAUGAAAAAAAUUAAC